AUGUCCAAAGAACAGACUAAAGCGCUCAUGCCGGAAAAAGAGGGACGUCCAGAACUGGGCGAAGUGGAGGGGAUUCUGCUCUCCCAGGCCACCUGUAAUGAAUGGCAGCGGAUCCAGAGUUUCCAAGCCAGGCCCGACGAUCUGCUCAUCUGCACCUACCCCAAAGCAGGCACAACAUGGAUCCAGGAGAUAGUAGACAUGAUCCAGCAGGACGGGGACUUGGAGAAGUGCAAGCGCGCCCCCGUCCACCGCCGGCACCCCUUCAUCGAGUGGGCUCGUCCGCCCCAACCCUCAGGUGUGGAACAGGCCGAAGCCAUGCCCCCGCCACGGACCCUGAAAACCCACCUCCCCGUCAAACUGCUGCCUCCAUCCUUCUGGGAACAGCAGUGUAAGUUCCUGUACGUGGCUCGUAAUGCCAAGGACUGCAUGGUCUCCUACUACCACUUCCAGAGAAUGAGCAAGGUGGUGCCUGACCCGGGCCCCUGGCACGAGUAUUUUGAGAUGUUCAUGGCGGGCAAAGUGGGCUGGGGUCCGUGGCACGACCAUGUGAAGGGCUGGUGGAAGGCGAAGGACAUGCACUGCGUGCUCUUCCUCUUCUACGAGGACAUGAAGAAGGACCCGAAGCGUGAGAUCCAGAAGGUGGCCCGGUUCCUGGGGAAGAACCUGGACCAGGAGCUUCUGGAGAAGAUCGUCUAUCACACGUCAUUCGACGUCAUGAAGGACAAUCCCAUGGCUAACCGCUGCGGCGUCCCCCUGUCCAUCAUGGACCAGUCCAUCUCCCCGUUCAUGCGCAAAGGGACUGUCGGGGACUGGAAGAACCACUUCACCGUGGCGCAGAAUGAGCGCUUUGAUGAGGACUAUGAGGAGAAGAUGGCUGGGACCAAUCUGACCUUCUGCAUGGAGCUCUGA